AUGACUUCUGGUUCCAUUCCCACGACUGCCCUCGUGGUGGAUUUCAUUUGCCUCUUUACACACGAUCUGAAGAGAAAGCAAAAAAGGUGGCAAGAUGGAGUGCUCAAAUAUCACACGUUCAACAAGCGUGUCAUGGUGUAUGAUGAUCGCAACCACUUUAUAGGCGAUGCUCAUUGGCAAGAAGGUGGGGACCUUGAGCCUGGUGAUGAGUUUGAGCUGGAUCGAGGUGCUGCUAUCGUUCAAGUUUCGGACUGUACUGGACAACGAGAGCAGGAUCUGACAGAGUUACUGGACAAGCGCGCAAAGGAAGUUGAGAAGCGGCGGACAAAUGCUGGGACGACACGAACACCAGGAUCGACUGCAGCAGUAACUCAAACACCAAGAAACGACCAAAAUGCCCCCCAUUUUCAACUCAGACAUCGCCCGCUUAAUGAUCUUGUUGGAGGAGCUUCAAGAAUUGGGAGGGCCGUCAUUUCACCCCACUCGCCAUUUGAGCAGCGCAGGAUGGCCGAGAGCCCAGGUCAGCAGCAAGAUUCACCUUCAGAAGACGCGCGGCCGAGCAAAAGGAGGAGGCGAGAGGAGUCGCCUCCGAGAAAGAUGGGGCAUGCCCGUGCUCUAUUUGGAACGACUCUAACUCUCACUCCGUUCUCGUCUUCAAUAUCGUCAGCUCGAAGUCAACCAUUGCACGAUAGGGCCGCAGCAAGGCCAAAAGUCGCACCACCUGGCUCACGAGAUGGCACAUCAAGGCGUGCUGAUAGAAGCUCAAAAUCACCACCACCUUCUUCUAAUCCCGAAGACACGGAGACCAGCGCUCCUCGUCAGGCUGCACCCCGCCGGGUUCUUACACAACGGGCAUCGUUGAAGGAGCUGCUGGCAGGCAAUGAGCACAAUCGGGCCAGCGAACUUCCUCGGACUCGAGAACCUCUGCCGAAGAAUCGCACGAAAGCCUCGAAGCCAGUGAAACCUCGACAACCGCCUCCCAAAGAUGAGGUUGUUUCACUUCUCACCCAAGAGCCCGUGUCACCAAAACAUCGUAGUGAUGCAGCCGCGAAUAACUCUCCCAACAGCCGAGGACAUCAGGAAUCCAAUGCAGACAGACCAUCCAGAUCCCGAACAUCUGCGCCAAAACUGUCGAAAAUAGUUGAAUCUGACAAAGGUAAUGAAGGAUCACCAGCAGCCGACGACGAAGCAUUUCUCAAUUGGUUGGCGCAAAGUGAGGAUUCUCCAGCCGUGGACCAAGCACCAGUGCCACCAGCGGACAACCGCCCACCACGCCCGAAGAAGACAAAGGGUGAUCCUGUCCCAGCAAUCCAAAGGCCUGCAAAGGAGUCUACCCGGAAGGUCGCCCAAGAACCCAUCGUUGUCGAUGAAGAUGAAGAUGAGGAUGUGGAGGCACUACCGCAUCCAAAGACCUCCCGAAUCCGCCCCGAGAGCGCUGUCUCAAAAACGACCAAAAGAAAAGAGACGAGUACAGCGGAACCUCAUGGAACGAAGCGAACACUGAGUACCGAUAGAGCAUCCGCAACAGAAACCGCUACGGACAAACCUCCUCCUGCGAAGGAACCGCGGACAGAGCUCAGGAUCAGAUCAAGGCAGCGGCGCGGGCUUCUCAUGAUGGCUCAAAGGAAAGAAGGAGGUCGACCAGGCUCAGCAGGAAGACCAGUCCCCCCCUCAUCAGGAGCUGGAAGCGACACACAAAAAACAUCGCAUACCAUCGCCCGCGCUGCCUCGAUUUCAGAAGAACCCCAAGCUACUGAGAGAAUUACGACAAAGACAACCGCUUCGAAAAAGCGACAAGACUCAGCUGAGCCAAGUGAGCUUCAUCACUCCGUGGAGGAGCCUGAUGACCAGUCAAUCGCGAUUCAUAACCCGAAUACAGAAGAGGCGGCCCGCCACAAGGACUCAGAUAAUGAAUCUGAGGCCCUGAAAGAGCCAGAGGUCGAACUUGUACCGAGUGACGAUGCAAUUUCAGUCAGUGAGCUUUCUGAAGAUAGGAGGUCCCCUCCACCUCGCCGACGGACAAACCCAAGUCGACGCACACGAAACAGGGCGGCCCCAGUCGUGUUCAGCGACAACGAGGGUGAAACCUCAGCAUUUGAUUCCCCAGCAAGAUCUGACGAUGAAGAAGAAGGCUUGUCUCUCGCGUCGAAAGCUGGCCGAAAACCUGAGCCUAAGCCCAGUUCCGGCCCACGUAUCACCAAGAUGUCACGGAAAAGCGUCAAGAGCAGAGAAAUUAUUGGUUUUGUUAUGCCCGAUGAAGAUUUUUCGAUGGAUGGUUUCAACGUCGGUCAUGCUGAGCUGGCUGAGGUCAAAAAGCCAAGUAACGACUUGAAAGUAGCUGAGAAGCCUCCAGGCAAAGCUCGCGAUACACUAGAGGCACCAGCGAACCAUAAGUCUGUCAGCGACGGACUUGAAGCGGAACAACUACGAACGAAUAAGAAAGAGCCUGAGAAGGAGCAACCUCCAACAAAGGAAAAGAUACCCGAACCAACAUGGUCUUCAGCGAACACGAAGGAACCAGACACAGUACCGCGCUCCACGAAUAGUAGAGCACAUGAAGCAGCAGAAUCUGUGUUGCAAGAAAAAGAGAGGGAAAUCGAAAUAGUACGACCCCCGACGAACGCAAAACAACCCCAAAUAGGUCAACCAGCAACGAGGAUGCAAGAGCAGGAAGCCAGCGCAUCCACAACAGGUUCGAGGGGCCCUAAGGUACAAGAAUCCUCAGCCAAAGAAAAGGAAUCCAAAGAAGUACAGCCUGCGAUAAGUGAAAAAGAACUAGAAACAGCACAACCAUUGACGAAGGAGAAAAACACUGAAGCAGAAGCCCCCUCAACGAGUGGAAAAAGGCUCGAAGCAGCACAGCCACCAGCCCAUGGAAAAGAACAACAAGAAAAGCAACGACCGCGCAUUGUGAACCCUGCGACUAGAGGUAGGAAAGCCGCAAGAAAACAAGACGCGGCCGGGUUGCCGCCGCAAACACUGGUUCAAUUUGAGCCUGCUACUUCGUCUCGCAUUGCUCCGGCGCAGCCACCAAAGAAGAUAGCCCCCUUGAACAAUGUGCCUCAAUCAGAGUUGCCGGUGUUCUGCAGAGCAAAUGGUGGUGCUUGGAGCAGACAUGCUGAGGAUCUACUAGGUAUGACGAGGCCUACAAGAAGAAUGCCUCGAUGUUGA